CCCCAACCCACCGCGCAGUAAAAGCCAGCCCCGCCCCGGCCCUGACGGUUUCAAGGCUGGUCUGGAAGCCGCCGCUACUGUGCUUGGGACGUCGCGUUAACCGCGUGUCUGUUGCAGAGACCAUGUCUGCCAACGGGGCAGAGGCUGAUGGCAGCACCCAGGUGACAGCGGAAGAACCGGUACAGCAGCCCAGUGUGGUGGACCGCGUGGCCAGCAUGCCUCUCAUCAGCUCCACCUGCGACAUGGUGUCCGCAGCCUACGCCUCCACCAAGGAGAGCUACCCUCAUGUCAAGACCGUCUGCGACGCAGCAGAGAAGGGAGUGAGGUCCCUCACGGCGGCGGCUGUCAGCGGGGCUCAGCCAAUCCUCUCCAAGCUGGAGCCUCAGAUUGCAUCAGCCAGCGAAUACGCCCACAGGGGGCUGGACAAGUUGGAGGAGAACCUCCCCAUCCUGCAGCAGCCCACGGAGAAGGUCCUGGCGGACACCAAGGAGCUUGUGUCGUCCAAGGUGUCAGGGGCCCGAGAGAUGGUGUCUAGCGCCAAGGACACUGUGGCCACACGAGUAUCGGAGGCGGUGGACGCGACCCGCGGUGCUGUGCAGAGCGGCGUGGACAAGACGAAGUCUGUAGUGACUGGCGGGGUCCAGUCGGUCAUGGGCUCCCGCGUGGGCCAGAUGGUGCUGAGUGGGGUCGACACGGUGCUGGGGAAGUCGGAGGAGUGGGUGGACAACCACCUGCCCCUCACGGACGCUGAGCUGGGUGAGUGUGGCCAGCCGGCUGCUCUGAGAACCCUCCCCGGGCCCCCUAACCGGAAGCCGCUGUUGGCUUCGUGGGGUCUGUCCCUCACUGCCACCUCGUCCCUGCCACCUCUUCCCAGCAUCUUGGAAUCUCAUCACCAACGCAGUCCCCUCUCUGUCCUGCUCACCAGCUCCCACCCCACCCUCCACAGUCUCCUUCCCACAGCAGCCACCAGAGGGCGUCUGUGAGCAUCUGAAUCAUAGCCCAUCCCUCCUCUGCCCACAGCCCUCCUCUGCCCACAGCCCUCCAUGGACCCCACCUCCCUUGGGGUCAAGGCCCAAGUCCUCGUCACAGCCAGCCCACAAGGUCCUGCACAACCUGCCCUGUCCUCUCCCCGCCCUCCUCCUCUUCCCUUUUCGCUCACUCCGUUCCUGCAUAAAUAUGUGACUAAACUUGAGAUCUGACUGAACCCUGGUGUUCCUGCCAGGCCAGACAUCCCACUCCAGUCACCUCGGUCAUAUACUUGCACUCCCUGCACUGUUU